CUACAGCUGCUUUCAGUUUAGUAUAAAAGAUAUAAACAGUUUUCCAUCCUUGCUCAUUUGUAAACAACAUUUAAGCCAGUACACACCGCCUCCUGUACUAUUCCUGACCUGGAGAUCGAAAUAUAUUGAUCAUGGGACGAGGCGGAGAAAUCUAUAUGGACACGUCCUUCAACCUGGUUUAUCCUAAAGGAACCAACCAGUUGUUUGAUAUCCCAGAGGAGGUAAUGCCAGUGAUUAGCAAGCACUGGGCACAGUUCCCUCCCAGCCAUCCUCUUAUUCCUCAUGUAUUUGGAAUUCUCUUCUUCUUCCUCUGGAUUAUCAACUUUGUUGGGAACGGACUUGUCAUCUUCAUCUUCCUCAAGACAAAGUCUCUCAGGACGCCAACAAAUUUCUUUGUUGUCAACCUGGCGUUUUCUGACUUUGUAAUGAUGAGUACUAUGGGACUGCCUGUAACUGUUAAUGCCUUUGUCCAGAGAUACUGGAUGUGGGGAGUUUUCGGAUGCCAGGUUUAUGCUAUGAUCGGAGCUAUCUGUGGAACUACUUCUAUUCUUACCAUGGUUGUUAUUGGCUAUGACAGGUACAAUGUUAUUGUCAAAGGGUUCAGCGGAGUAAAGAUUAAUGCACCAAAGGCUUUGCUGAUUCUUAUUUGCAUCUGGGGAUACUCCACAGUUGUCUCGAUGAUGCCCUUCUUUGGCUGGGGAGGAUACAUGGCUGAAGGACUUCUGGUAACAUGCGGCUACGAUUAUCUGUCCCAGGAAUGGAAUCGAAGAUCUUACAUGAUGUUUGCCUUCAGCUUCAACUACAUGCUUCCCCUCUCCUUGAUUGGAUUCUUCUACACCAAGAUUGUGAAGGCUGUUGUUAUGCACGAGGCUGCACUGAAGGCCCAGGCUAAGAAGAUGAAUGUUGACAGCUUAAGGUCUAAUGCUGAUGAAGCUAAGGAGAGCGCUGAAGUUAGAAUCGCAAAGGUUGCUAUUACCAAUGUAUUGCUAUGGGUCUGCAUCUGGUCUCCCUAUGCUAUUGUAAACCUUAUUGGAGUUUUCGGAAACCAGAUCAUUAUUACUCCUCUUGUCUCCCAAAUUCCAGCUUUUGUUGCUAAGACUGCCUGUUGCUUAAACCCCCUGGUUUACGCUAUCAGCCAUCCUAAGUACAGAGAAGCUUUGAGCAGGGAGGUCCCUUGCCUUGGGAUCACUGAGAAGUCAGCUGCAGCUGCAGCUGCUAAGGCAGCGGAUGGUGGAACUGACUCUGUUCAAACAAAGGCUUAAAGACGGAUGAAAUAAUGCUAUGGUAAUGACUACAACUCAAGCGGCUUUUUCUGUGAUUUUUUUAGCUGGCAAUGCACUUCUCAAAACAAAGUGCCAAAAACCCAAAAAAAUUAUAACUUUAGUUAUCUUAAUAAAUGGCUUCACACUUA